AUCGAUAUACCUCUACCACGCGACCAACAACACAAAAAACGUGUGUUUUGGUGUGCUGCGUGUUUUUCCUCAAAUUAAUCUGCAUAUAACAGAUUUUACCAGACAAAACGAGCAUUUUUCCAACCAUCCACAAUGAGACGUCCGAAGAAGUACGAGGCCGGUGAGGCCACCCAGUACAUCAGCCGUCGGGCAGCGAUCCGGAAGCUGCAGCUGUCGCUGAACGAUUUCCGCCGUCUGUGCAUCCUCAAGGGCGUCUAUCCACGCGAGCCCAAGCACAGGCGCCGCGCCCAGAAGGGAUCAUCGGAGAUCAAGAUCCUGUACCACACAAAGGACAUCCGGUUCCUGCUGCACGAGUCCAUUGUGUGGACACUGCGUGACUACAAGAUCUUUGCAAAGAAAAGCAGCCGCGACCGCGCCAUCAAAGAUUUUCGCAACCUGAAGCGCAGGUUGUCUCUGUUCCCCGAAAUCAAACUCGAUCACAUUGUCAAGGAGCGCUAUCCGACCUUCAUAGACGCCCUCAAGGAUUUGGAUGAUUGCCUGACUCUGCUCUUCCUGUUCAGCACGUUCCCCUCGCUACAUCUGAUUCCCCGCGAGCAGUCGAACUUGUGCCGACGUCUGACCAUCGAGUUUCUGCACUAUGUGAUUGCCUCCAAGUCGCUGCGCAAGGUAUUUAUCUCCAUCAAGGGCUACUACUUCCAGGCCGAGAUUAAGGGCCAGAAGGUCACCUGGAUCGUGCCCCACUACUACCCGUUCAAGCCGCAGUCGCGCCAGGAGGUUGACUUUAAGGUCAUGUCCAUUUUCGUGGAGUUCUACACAAUCCUGCUGGGCUUCACCAACUUUCGUCUCUUCCACGGCCUCAACCUGGCCUAUCCGCCUCAGUUCCCCUCCAGCCUGCUGCAGGACAACGCAGAGACAUUCAAGGACGAGUCCAGCUUCGUGUCGGACCGCAUUGCGGCCCUGAACUUUGAGCUGCUGCGCACCGACAAGGUGCAGGAGGACGAGGAGGAGCCCGACAUUGACAUGGAGCUGCUGGAGCAAGACGGCGACUCCAAGCGCAUCAUCAAAAUGAAGCAGGAUGCCCAGGAAAUAACUCGUCUGCGCACCCUCUUUAAAGGUCUAAAGUUUUUCAUCAAUCGCGAGGUUCCCCGCGAGCCACUCGUCAUUCUCAUUCGCUCGUUUGGCGGCAAGGUCUCCUGGGACGCGUCCGUCUUCGCCGGCGCCACCUUCGCCGAGAACGACGAGACCAUCACCCACCAGAUCGUGGACAGGCCCAGUCUGAGCACACAGUACAUCUCCAGGGACUACAUUCAGCCCCAGUGGCUCUUCGACUGCGUGAAUCAGCGCCAGCUGCUACCCACUAACGACUACUUCCUUGGCGAGACUCUUCCGCCCCAUCUCUCGCCAUUCGUCGACUCCAAGCGCGAAUCGUACAUACCGCCCGAGGAGAAGGCCCUCCACGAUCCCUCUCUAAUCGAGACUCACGAUCAAAGUGAUGAAGAGUCCGAAGAGGAGGAUGCCGCCGAGAAAGAGGAGGAGGAGGUGGACCAGGAGCUGCUCGACGCGCAGCUGCAGCUGGCCUAUCAGCAGGAGACAGCCGAGUACAAGAAGUUCGGAGGCCCCGAUGGCGUCAACGAGGACGAAGAAGACCUCAGCGAAGAGGACGAAGAAGACCUCAGCGAUGAGGACGAUGAUGAUGAUGUCGAUGAGAAGACCAAGCGCAAGCAGCAGGAGAAGGAAAAGAUGUCCGUGCAGUCUGGCAAAGUGCACAAAGUGAACAAGCGACAGGUGCACAAGGCCGAGGUGGACGAGCACCGCCUGCAGGCGCGUAUGGUCAAGCCACGCCAUCGCAACCUCUUCCGCAAGCUGAUCCGCGAGAAGCAAACCAAGGAGAAGGAGGAGUGGCUGCUGCGCAAGAAGCGCCGCAACAUCGACGCCGACACCAAGGAAGCCAAAAAGACGGCAAAACGCGAAGCCCGCAAACUGGCGGCCGAGGCAGCCGCCCGUGCCGCCAAAAUGGUGAAGUGAGCAGUUGGAAUGCUGUGUUCGAGUCUUGAUCUAGGUACAAAACAAUAAACAAUGAUAAUCGAAA